GCGGUCGCGCGAGCCUCUGCGGAAGGCUUCUAUUAGAGCGCCACCGAAGGGAGUGAUGCGGUAGCGGCUGCUGCGGGAGGAAGGAAGGACCGCGGUUCCAACUCCGGUGUCUUUCAGUUUCGCCUUUACAUUUUUUUUUAUACGUCGACCGGCCCCGUCUCGUUUCAGCGAGUUAGCGGCGACGUUCCCGUGAGAGAGGGGCUUGCUUUUCUGUCUCGAGGCCAGAGAGCGCAGCGCUAAGCGGCGAGGGGGGAAGUAAACCGCCAUUUUAGCCGAAUAAAACACGUUUCCAGUGACAGCGGCACGAGCACAACAAUGGCUCUGAAAAGAAUUCACAAGGAGUUGAAUGACUUGGCACGUGACCCUCCAGCUCAGUGCUCUGCCGGACCAGUCGGUGAUGACAUGUUUCACUGGCAAGCCACAAUUAUGGGACCUAAUGACAGUCCUUACCAGGGUGGUGUCUUCUUCUUGACUAUUCACUUCCCCACAGAUUACCCCUUCAAACCGCCAAAGGUAGCAUUUACCACGAGAAUCUACCACCCGAACAUCAACAGCAAUGGCAGCAUUUGCCUUGACAUCCUGAGGUCACAGUGGUCCCCAGCACUUACCAUCUCCAAAGUUCUGUUGUCCAUCUGCUCGCUGCUAUGUGACCCAAACCCAGAUGAUCCAUUAGUGCCUGAGAUUGCCCGCAUCUACAAGACAGAUAGGGAAAAGUACAACAGAAUAGCUCGGGAAUGGACGCAAAAGUAUGCAAUGUAGUCCGGGUGCAGAAUUACGGAGGAAAAAACCUCUACGUCUAUGGCUAGGGGAGCUUUGAAAGAAAAUGAAAAAAUAGAAAAACAAAUCUUGUUGGUUUCCAUUGGAGUGCUUUCUUUGAGCCACGCCUCCCCUAACCUCCGCACCUGUUCCAUGAGCCUGCCCGGCGGCCGUUGUACAUAUUUGAAACAGCAAUCGUAGUCCACCUCCUUCCCCAUCUUGCUUUCUGUUUGGUUACAGGAUGAGCCCAUAUUGGACCUGCUUAUGAUUCUAAAAGCAUUCCUUGCCAUUUUAAGAACUGGGGUAUUAGUUACAGAUUAAAGGAUUUUAUUUUUUUUUCCCUCCCUUCCUCUUGUGCUUCCAACUGUAAUAUGAGCUGGAGGCUAUUUUUUUCAAUAUAUCUCUAAGGAAUUCUUUUAAAUUCAUAACAAACCCUAAGUUAUGAAUGGAAACGAAAGGCCUUUUGGAUCUUUUUUCUUUUUUUUUGUUCUGCUGGAAAAUUGUAAAGGACUCCACCCCCUGCCAGUCUUUUCAUUGUCAUGACCAAGAUUCUGUCUUUCUAUAUACAUUAGGAUUUGAAGAUUUUGCACCAGUUAUUUAAACAUUCAUUUAAUAAGUGCCCACCCCCCAACCAUAACACCUGUAGGUUGCAUUUGGCCAUCCUUGAAUUAGAGGCUAACAGCUCCAGUCAACUUGUGCUAUCUUGGGUUGUGCGAGGGAUAUAAAUUUGACAGACAACUUCUGUAUAUUUAAUUACCUGAAAGCUCGUGGAGCUUGUGUGUUGAUUAAACUGUAAUAAAAUAAUUACUAAAGUCUGAAUUCUGAACUUAAGCAUGACUGAAAUAAUUGAAACUGUGGGCUUCUGUGGACAGGAUCAAAUUGAUGUUUAGAAGUUUUUGUUAUAAGAAAUGAAACCAUGUUUAGCUUUCCCCCCACAUUAUGUGCAGAUUUAAGUAUUUUGCAUUUAAAGGUGAUCGUUAUAGUUCAAUUCACAGUAAAGAUGUUACUGAUUUGUGGAACUGUUGCAAAGUAAAUUCCUAUAAAAUGUUGCAAAGCAUGUGGAAGCAGUAUGUUAUAAGCAAUGUAGCAAAUGUUGAUUUUUGAGGAGAAAAUGGCCCUCUACAUGUUUUAUGAUAAUUCCAGGUAAUUGUAUACAUUAUGAGAUAAUGGCAGAAUUUUAAGUAACUUGCCUCGAAUAACUGGAAGUAUUACUGUUUCGGUUGCAGUUACAUUGUAUGAACACAGCCCUUUGAAUUGAAUAAAACCAGGAUGUG